AUGAAUUCCAGUUCUUGUGUUCAUGUGAAGCAUUGGUCGGUUUCCAGUAUUGAUAUGAUUAAAGUCAAUGUAGAUUCCUCUAUCACGUCUGGGCCUUUUUAUUUUGGGAUUGGAAGGUUGGCCCGUCAUCAUCAUAGAGUUGUCCUUUAUCAUUGCUCUAAACAAUUGCAUGAUCAUGCCUCUCUUUUUUUGGCGAAGGCAAUUGGGUUGAAAGAAACUUUGAGCUGGAUCAAAGAACAGGACCUAGAUCAAGUUGUUGUUGAGUCGGAUUGUAAAAGCAUCAUUGAUGCUCUGUAUAGUUCGACUCAGUUAUUAUCUCAUUUUGGUUUAGUUAUUUUUGAUUAUUAUACUUUAAUCUCUGAUCUUAAUAAUUCUGACGAGCUGCCAUGUACCCGAAUCCAACCCGACCGCCGAUGGUUUGGAAAUACCCGUGUUGUAAAUCAGAAGGAGCUCGAGUUUUUCCGUGAAGAACUUCAAAGCCGAAUGUCGAAUAACUAUAAUGUUAUUUUGAAGGAGAGAAAACUGCCUUUGUCUCUCUUGAAUGAUCACCACAAGCAAGCGAGAGUUCAUCUGCUCGACAGAGAGCCCUUUCAGGAUGCUUUUGGACCAAAGACUAAGAGGAAGCGACCAAGACUCUUAGCUGCUGAUUAUGAUUCUUUACUCAAGAAAGCUGAUGGUUCCCAGGAUGCUUUUGAGGAGAAGCAUGGUGAUGAUGUCAAUGUUGACGAAGGUGAAGGGGAUGGAUUCAGAGACCUGGUUCGACAUAAUAUGUUUGAGAAGGGUCAAAGUAAACGUAUUUGGGGUGAACUCUACAAAGUGAUAGAUACUUCGGAUGUUGUUGUCCAGGUUUUGGAUGCGAGGGACCCACAAGGAACAAGUGUCACCACUUAGAAAGGCAUUUGAAAGAGCACUGCAAACACAAAAACAUGAUUCUUUUGUUAAACAAUAGGUCUGUUU